AUGAAAAACCUAUUUGUCAUCCUCAAGGGAGGCCACACCAACCGCAGUACCUCGUCGUCCAGUGCAAUUUCGAGCAGCGUCGAGGAGAUUUGGUACUGGCGUGUCCUUGUGGACGGUGAAAUGUUUGAGCUGCCUCAUACGGAUCGGCCCAUCAUCAGUGCUAUUUGCAAGCCUCUUACUGUCGCAAUCGGUUCCAUAGAUAUCCCAGGCCAAAAAGUACUCGCCCUCUUUCGUAAUAUCAGUCCUUUCGUAAUACCGAUACUGAGUGUGAUCCGUCGCAUUGGGAAACGCAAGGCGAUCAUCCCCCUGGCUUGCAGUCCCGUCUUUGUCGUAGGUCUCUCAGUGCCCAAAUCGGAAGGUGAGCAGCACAUUAAGCACUGGCGAUAG